CCAUCUAUAUUGAACGAUUUGAUUAUCAAAAAGAUAACAACACCAAAUUAUAACUUUCAUGUAUUUUAUUAUGCCUGGUAUGGAAAUCCGGUAGUUAAUGGAAAAUAUCUUCAUUGGAACCACAGAAUUUUACCAAAAUGGAAUGCAGCAAACGUCUCAUUGUUCAAUGUAAGGCAUCAACCUCCAGAUGAUAUUGGUUCCACAUUUUUUCCUAAAUUGGGAUUAUAUAGCUCUAAAGCAGUUGAUAUAAUCAACAACCACAUGAAACAAAUCAGAAAUGCUAAUAUUGGUGUUUUAGCAUUGUCCUGGUACCCUCCUGGUACGCAUGAUGACGAAGGAGAAGAUAUGGAUGAUCUUGUGACGAACAUUUUAGACCACGCUCAACUUUUCCAGCUGAAAGUUUGUUUCCACAUUGAACCGUUCAAGGGGAGAGAUGAGAAGACGAUGAGAAAAAAUAUAAAAUACAUAAUAGACAAGUAUGGGUCUCAUCCAGCUUUCUACAGGAUGUUACAUAAGAAAUCUGGCCAACAUCUGCCAAUUUUUUACGUUUACGAUUCAUAUUUGAUAGACGUUAAGCAAUGGAAACGUUUGUUGCAUCCGCGUUAUGGAGGAAACAGUACAGACAAUAUUUCUGUUAGAGGUACACAAUAUGAUGCAAUUUUUAUUGGGCUGAUUGUUGAGAGGAACCAUCUCUACUCCUUGCGAGAUGGUGGUUUCGACGGAUAUUACACUUAUUUUGGCUCCGAUGGAUUUUCUUUUGGUUCAUCGCUCAGUAACUGGAUGUUUUUAGCUGGUCAGCAGAGUGAAUUGCAAAUGUUUUUUAUUCCAAGCGUGGCUCCAGGUUAUAACGAUGAAAAAGUAAGGCCGUGGAAUAAUAUAAACACUAAAAGUCGUCUCGACGGCAAAUAUUAUGAAAAUGCAUUCUCCAACGCCUACAAGUCCCUAGCUGAGGUUGUCUCGAUAACAUCGUUCAAUGAGUGGCACGAAGGUACGCAGAUAGAAGAGGCAGUCCCCAAUAGGAACAAUUCAAAUUUCCGAUAUCUUGACUAUUCUCCGCACGACUCAUCUUACUAUUUAGCAAUUACCAGAAAAUGGAUCGAUUUGUUUUCAAAAAGAAAA